AUGUCUGAUCCAUUCUUGAAACGACUCACAGAUUAUCAUUCGCACAAGCUUCCGAAAAGAACUCCAUUCCAACCCUCCACUACAGUUUCUCACGACAUGACCUUUUUCUCAACUCUUUCUUCGGCUUCGACGCAAUACCUGAAGGCGCCACUUGCUCCCUCUCGCAAGCGCAGCCAGAUGCCCGAUCCUAAACGUGAUGACAUAGACGAUUUCUUGUCUUCCGAUUUUGAGUUGUCGUUCGCUUCUAACAUGUCUCUCAACUCUCCCCCACGUGACACAAUGACGCUCGCGCAAGAUCACGAUGUCCCAAUGGAUAUUUCGCCUGCAUACCGCCCCAUGCAGAAGGAGAACGAGAAGACGAAUAGGCCUACCACGCGCCCCCGUGCAUCUACUAGUGCUGCUCGCAUUUUUGGUCAGGACAUGAGCAACGGCAAUUUCUCCAACGACUCCGUCAGUACAAAAACUGGUUCACAAGCGAAUUCCAAACGAACCCAGCGCAGCGCACUUCCUAUGGAGUGGAUGGCUGUCUCUGAGCCUUUAAGAACCUCUAAGACAAUGGACGGAAACUUGUUUGCUCCGGCGAAUGACGCCAUGGACGUUGAUCCUGCCCCCGUAGUUUCCGCGCAGGACCUGUUGCCUUCUCCGCCUCUUUCAGCAGCACCCGCUGUGACUGAGUUCACCAAUCUGUUUUAUGGGGUUAUGACCCAAUCUUGCUUAGACACCCCUGGAGGGCCGCAGCCAAAAAAGCGUCGUUCUUUAUCUCCGGAGACUAUUUCGAGGGUUGGCCAUGAACCUUCAUCAUCGCCUGCUCCUUCGUCACCUUCGCAGCACAAGUUGGAUCGCAUGGCUAAUUUCUCCAAACCUGCACUCCAAGGCCUUGGAAUUCCCCCUAACGCAAACAAACGAGCCCGGCGCAUUGUCUUCUCAGCUUUGGUGCAACCUGGUGUUCCUUCGCCACAAUCCGCAUACCCUAUGCUCGACUCUGACACCUCACCAGAGAAGCAGUCGACACUCGAAUUGCCUCCUUCACGACGUGCCUUUUCUAUGGUUCCAUCCACCCUUGAACACUUUUCUGAUGAGGGUUCUUCUUUCGACGGCCCUGACAUGUCCUCACCCGCCCAGGCAUACGCAAAGCGACAGCAUGUCAAAGCUAUCCGUAGACGCGAUGGCACGGAGGAUUUCAGACCUCUGACUGGCGCGACUGCAAUGGUUCAGCGCGAUAUGUUUGAGAGUCCCUCUGCGAAAUUUAUGGCGGCGGGAUUGCCAGGAUUCGGGGAUAACGAGACAUCGGGCAAAAUCUUACCAUGCCACCGCGUGCGUGAGGAUGGCUUGAUGAGGGUUGUACCGAAAACUUUGGAUGAUCUUCUUGACGGUGCCUACAAUUCCCGCAUCGCGAGUUUCCACAUUAUCGACUGCCGCUUCGACUAUGAAUACACUGGUGGACAUAUUCCCGGCGCCGUCAACAUCAAUACUAAUGCUGGCGUGGAAGAAUUCUUACUUGGCGCACAGAAGCCUAAACCAUCCGUUAGUGGCGACUCUCAGAAAAAGACUAUCCUGGUUUUCCACUGUGAAUUCAGCGCAAAAAGAGCGCCGACAUUUGCCAAACACCUCCGUGCCAAAGAUCGCGCGAUGAAUAAUCACCUGUAUCCAAAGAUCCACUAUCCGGAGAUUUACAUCCUGGAAGGCGGGUACUGCGAAUACUACAAACAGUGUGCUUCUCGCUGUCGGCCUCGGGGCUAUGUUACCAUGGACGACCCCAACUUUGCGGUUUCCCGCAAAGAGGACUUGGACCAAUUCCGCAAGGGCAAAUUUGGACGCACCAAGUCAUACGCUUACGGCGACCUAGCUUUGAAGGUUGCAGGCAUGACCCAACAGCCGUCCAAGAGGAACACAGCGCCUGCAGGUGCUCCACAGCUAUUUGCUGCCGCGAAUGCGGCUCGUACUCGUCGUAAUGGUCUCUCGACUGUGACUGAGAUUGGUAACACCACCCAGACAGACGACGAGGAGACAGACAUCGGCGACAGCCCCUGCCCCCCUCCCAAUAAAGGCACCAUGCUGCUGUCAAAGGCGAAAAGACUGGGUCGCGUCACUAUGACUCGUGCUGAAACUUUUGAUGCGGCUCGCAUGACUUCUUAUUAA